CCCCGCGAGCUCUGGGAAAGGGCGGGAAAGGCGGUUGGAGAGGGAGGGGCGAGCGGUUACUCACUCCAUGGCUGCGGAAAGGAGAGGCGGCGACGGCGGCCUCGGCUGAACAGACGGCGGGAGCGGAGAGUGCAGGCGCGAAACCUCCCCAAGGUUGCAGACGCUGACGGAUUUGCCCCAGAGUCGGAGUAGCUGCCACUUGGAGAUUCCACAACCAUGAGUGGGUUUAACUUUGGAGGUACCGGGGCCCCUGCUGGUGGCUUUACAUUUGGCACUGCGAAGACUGCAACGACCACACCUGCCACUGGGUUUUCCUUCUCUACUUCGGGCACUGGAGGGUUUAAUUUUGGGACUCCCUCCCAGCCAGCAACGACUACCCCUUCUACUGGCCUCUUCUCACUCACCACACAGGCCCCAACCACACAGACCCCAGGAUUCAACUUUGGAACAACACCUGCUUCUGGAGGAACUGGCUUCUCCCUGGGGAUCAGCACCCCAAAGCUCAACCUGAGUAACACAGCUGCCACACCAGCUACAGCCAACACUGGCAGCUUUGGCCUUGGCAGUAGCACCCUUACCAAUGCCGUCUCAAGUGCUGGGACCUCCAGCCAGGGAACAGCCCCCACUGGCUUUGUCUUUGGGUCCUCUACCACCUCUGCUCCAUCUACAGGCUCCACGGGGUUCUCAUUCACCAGUGGCAAUACAUCCCAGCCUGGAGCCUCUGGCUUCAACAUUGGCUCUGUGGGUAGCUCAGCCCAGCCCACAGCACUGUCUGGCUCUCCCUUCACUCCAGCCACGAUGGUGACCACUACAGCGGGAGCAGCACAGCCAGCUGCUGCUGCUGCUGCUGCUGCGCCCACUGCUGCCACCACCAGUACAGGGUCCACACUCUUUGCUUCUAUAGCACCUGCUCCUGCCUCAUCCAGUGCUACAGUGCUCUCCCUCUCAGCUCCAGUGACAACUGCGGCUACUCCUAGUGCUGGCACUCUGGGCUUCAGCCUCAAGGCCCCUGGAGCAGCUCCUGGCACCUCCACUACUAGCACCACCUCUACCACCUCUACCGCCUCCACCACAACCACUGGCUUUGCUUUGAGCCUGAAGCCCCUGGUGCCAACUGGCUCCAGCAGUGUAGCUGCUACUGGGACUCCCCUACCUGGCUCUAGCACCGCAGCUGGGACUUCCACAGGUCCCGCAAUGACCUAUGCACAGCUGGAAAGCCUGAUCAACAAGUGGAGCCUGGAGCUGGAGGAUCAGGAGCGGCACUUCCUGCAGCAGGCCACACAGGUCAAUGCCUGGGACCGCACACUGAUUGAGAAUGGGGAGAAGAUCACUAGUCUGCACCGUGAGGUGGAGAAGGUGAAGCUAGAUCAGAAGCGGCUGGAUCAGGAACUGGACUUCAUCCUAUCACAACAGAAGGAGCUGGAGGACCUGCUGAGCCCAUUGGAGGAGUCAGUGAAGGAGCAGAGUGGCACCAUCUACCUUCAGCAUGCCGACGAGGAGCGUGAGAAGACCUUCAAGCUGGCUGAGAACAUCGAUGCACAGCUCAAGCGCAUGGCACAGGACCUCAAGGACAUCAUCGAGCACCUGAACAUGGCUGGCGGCCCUGCGGACACCAGUGACCCACUGCAGCAGAUCUGCAAGAUCCUGAAUGCACACAUGGAUUCCCUUCAGUGGGUGGACCAGAGCUCUGCCCUGCUGCAGAGGAGGGUGGAAGAGGCCAGCCGUGUCUGUGAGGGCCGCCGUAAGGAGCAGGAGCGCAGCCUGCGCAUUGCCUUCGACUAGUCCUGCGUGAAUAGGAGGGGCUCCUUGGGUUACAGGACCGCUGGCUUUCUUUUGGGUGGUUGUGCUGUUUGGAGAAACAUCCUUUAAGUUGUGCAAGGCAUAGCAUUCAUUGUUAUAACCUGUGUGCUCUGGAGCCAAGUGUGAAUGUCACUGAGCUCUAGACCAGCAUUUAAACAGCAAAGGCAAGUGUUGAAUUCAGUGCUGCCUCACGGCAGCUUCAGUUCUAAUUCAUCCAACUCAUCCUUCAGCCACUUCAGUACAGCUGUGACAGUGGGACAGAGUACUCCAAAGGAGAUACUGGCCAAGAAACUUACCUGGGGUGGAGAUGUGGUGGGUUUGAAAGCCCAAGGUUUCUGCACCUCUCCAGCUCCCCAUCUAGCCAAUGUUCUCCAGAACCUCUGCCACACAGAGCAGAGUCACGGAGGCACACUGAGCUAACAACUGUUUUGCACUGGCUACCUCUCACCCCUAGAUUGUGAGCUUCUAUGGCAGGGACUGACUGCCUUUGGGGCCCAGAGUGACAGCAGAUUUGCUUCUGGAUAUGCCAAUGUCGAAACCAUCUUAGUCACAGUUAGAUCCACAGUGUUGAAGACCAGCAGUCUUGUCUUGGUCUGUUUUAUUUCCCUGUACUCUAUAGCAUCUGUGGUCCCUGAUCAAAUGUUGCUUUUCUAAAUAAAGAAAAAUGUGUGAAAUCAGACCUGCUGUGAGUGUAAGUAGGUAGUGGGGAAAGGGCCAAGACUUGGCAGGGCAUUGCUGAUGGGAUAGCUAGUUCUGUGCCUUUGGGUUGGAACCAUUGACUGAGUGAGCUACAUGGGCCCAGUCUUCUAGCAUCCUGGGGUGGGUGGGCUACAGCUUCAAGAGUCCUGUCCACCCCUGUACACAAGUAGUAAAUCAUCUCCAAUGUGUGCAGGUGUUGUUUGUGAUGUCUUCAGCAGUGGGGAACAGGUGAUUUCCAGAUGCUGGGCUCAUGACAAACAUUUGACUACCACUCCUACAGCACUGGGGACCCUGGAUCAGCAGUCUGAAGAUUCAAGAAUGGGGCCACACAUUAUUUCCUUGGAUCAUGUUGGACUUUAAAGCCCAAGAGAAAGCUGUGGGGGCGGGGCGGGGCGGGGCCUGGGGAGGUAGCUCAGCUGCCAAGAGCAAAACAGCACCCACGUUGUAGCUCACAACCAUCUGUAACUCCACUUCCAGGUUACCAGGUGCCCUCUCCUGGGCUUCUUAGGUACUGCAUGUACAUAGUGCAAGGUAUACAUGCAGGCAAGCAUAUAAAAUCUCAAAGAUUAGAAAGAGAAAGCCUGGCAUGGUGGUGAACACCUGUAACUCCAGCAUUCUGGAAUCAUCUUAAGGUACAUAGUCACAUGAGGCCUUGUCUUGGAAUAGAUGCAAGGCCAGUGAACUGGAGGGCACAAAUCCUAAGAGCCCCAGUGGCCUUUCCGAAAUGUGUGAGUUUUUGUUGGGUUUCCCACUCUAGCCCAGAGUGACCCUCUUUGAAUUGAUAUGACCUUGUCUUAGUCUCCUGAGUGCUAGAAUUAUGGACAAGCCACCACAGCCCAGCUCUGCACUCCAUGGCUUGACCCCAGCUGACCAUGAUGUCAUUGUCAGGGUUCAAACAAUAAAGAUGGUCAGUGUGCAUUUCUAAUGUGUAUGUACUCAUUUUGGAUUGUAUAUCUGAAUGUAAAUAAAGCUUGCCAUUUGUGGGUA